AUGACUCUAGGGGAGUCUUGGGUCGUAGAAGACGAGGGAUAUGGCCAGGAUGGCUCAUCCCAGGACGAGGAGGAAGAAGAGCAGGAAGAGGAGCAAAAAGAGCCGGCUCCUCUACCCAGAUCAACUCCGUCAAAACGACGAGCGCGAGAUGGCAAAGCUGCCCCCAAGUCUCCCGAUCCCGAAUUCGUAAUGCCCUCAUUGGGCAACUCAAUAGAUGGAUCCAGAGAGAAUCUACAAACUCAAACAAGACGUCGAAACACCAAGUCGUCGUCGGAGAGAGUGCAGCCACGUCGGCAACCUACCUACGAUGCAGCAGACAGUGGGAGCCCCGAGCGAGUUCGUAGGACACAACCCAGCACCAGAUACACCAAGCCUCCUUCUACACCAUCGCAAUUUUCGCAACCCCAACGCAGUCACCCUGCUGAAAGCUUCCUGGAUCUUGCCAUGGGUAACGUCGCAAGCAUUAUGUCUUGGAUUUUUGAUGUGCUUUGCGGCGCUCUUCGAAUCCUCAAGGUACCGAUAUCAUACAUGCUGGCAAUAUGGUUGCUAUUCGGGCUCGGUCUCAUGGUUCGAAAUCUGAUCACGUCGUCAGUCUACGCUUCUUUAAGUCCUAUUUGUCGCAUACCCGGGUCAUCGCUGCUGAAUCUGCCAUUUUGCGAGCCUGCGGAAACCCGAAAGGCUGUACAGAAUGUAGAAUUCGAUGAGUUAAUGGCUGUCCAAAGCAAUUUUGAAAAAGUGUUAGAGGAAAGUGCGGGCGGCGCAUCUUUACCGGUCGAUAUGAAGAGAUCAGAAGCUUCGAUCCGGGAUUUGCGACAGCUUGUCCGCUAUAGCCACCUUCAAUCCAAGCAUGAGCUUGUGCUAGCAUUUGACGGCUUCAUUGAAACAGCACGGAUCGCGUCAAAUGACCUGUUGAUGUUCAAUAGUCACGUUGGGAGGGCAGUCGACAGCGUCAUUGCGACGACUCGGUGGACUAGUCGAGUGCUCGAUGGCCUCCAAGAACAGCCUCACAAUCGUGGAGCGUUGUCAGGCUUCGUCAAUGACUACGUCGUGGCUCCAUUUCAGCCCCGUAAAUUCACAGAGGGCGUUCUUCUUGAUCAAUACAUCACGCACGCGCAAAAGGUAGAGGUAGAAAUAUCAAGACUAAUCGAUGAAGCCCAAGCAUUACUCCGGAUCCUGGUUGAUCUCGAGAACCGGCUCGACGACAUUCAUGGAAUAUCGACGCAGGCUGGCGAAGAUACCAAAGCGGCCAAGGACGAAAUUCUUUCCUCUCUUUGGGCCAUGGUAGGCGGCUACCGAGGCGAAAUCAGCAAGGUGGAUCGUCGAUUAGACCUAUUGCGUCAGGUCUCGUCGUACCGCAAGGACGCUUUUGCCCACGUAUCCGGGACUGUUCUACGACUCCAAGCUAUGCGUGCGAGUCUAGAAGACUUGCGCGAACGUGUGGGGUCCCCAGAAGUAUCUCGUGGCAUUGGUGACAUACCGCUGGCGGUGCACAUCGAGUACAUCCAGCAGGGAGUGGAAAGAUUACAAGACCAGCGCCAAACGGUGAGGAAGCUCGAGAAUCAGCAUAUUCGAGAAAUUUUGGACCGUCCGCAAAUGGACGGAAAUACUAUAGAGGGAUAG